GGUGAUUUUAAAAUCCCCCUGAACGAGGAGGACGCCCCUCCCCCCUGGACUGCCACCUUGUCCGCCUCCACCACCAGGCAUCUGCCUCUCCACCUCGUCCUACCUGGGUGUGCUCGAGAUAAAUGGCUGAUAAGCAGAUCAGUCUGCCAGCCAAGCUCAUCAAUGGCGGCAUCGCUGGGCUGAUCGGGGUCACCUGCGUGUUCCCCAUCGACCUGGCCAAGACGAGGUUGCAGAACCAGCAAAAUGGCCAGCGCAUGUACACCAGCAUGUCGGACUGCCUCGUGAAGACCAUCCGCUCAGAGGGCUACUUCGGCAUGUACCGUGGAGCUGCUGUGAACCUGACCCUUGUCACCCCAGAGAAGGCCAUCAAGCUGGCAGCCAAUGACUUCUUCCGAUACCAGCUUUCCAAAGAUGGGCAGAAGCUGACCCUAUUUAAGGAGAUGCUGGCAGGCUGUGGAGCGGGCACCUGCCAGGUGAUCGUGACAACCCCCAUGGAGAUGCUGAAGAUCCAGCUUCAGGACGCGGGCCGCAUUGAUGCCCAGAAGAAGAUACUGGCUGCCCAGACCCAGCUCCCAGCCCAGGGGGACACCCGACCACCAGUGGAGGCUCCAUCUGCCCCGCGGCCCACGGCCACCCAGCUGACCCGGGACCUGCUGCAGAGCCGUGGCAUCGCUGGCCUCUACAAGGGACUUGGAGCCACGUUGCUCAGGGACGUCCCCUUCUCCGUUGUGUACUUCCCCCUCUUUGCCAACCUGAACCAGCUGGGCCAGCCAGCGUCCGGAGAGAAGUCUCCUUUCUAUGUGUCCUUCCUGGCUGGCUGCGUGGCCGGGAGUGCAGCUGCAGUGGCUGUCAACCCCUGUGAUGUGGUGAAGACGCGGCUGCAGUCACUCCAGCGCGGCCUCAACGAGGACACUUACUCCGGCUUUCUGGACUGUGCCAGGAAGAUCUUGCAGCAUGAGGGCCCCUCGGCCUUCCUGAAGGGCGCCUACUGCCGUGCCCUGGUCAUCGCCCCGCUCUUCGGCAUCGCUCAAGUGGUCUACUUCCUGGGCAUCGCCGAGACGCUGCUGGGGCUGCUGCAGCCCCCGCAGCCCCCCAGGCCUUCAGCCCAGCUGGACCAGACUGCGGCCAGAGCCGGGCGGCCUGCCCAGGACUGAGCAAGGGAAUGUCUUUCCCCACCCCUCCCCACAUGGACGGGAGAGGCUGAGGAAGGGGCUCAGGGGCCACAUGGGUGGUCCACACAUGGCCUCCCAGGAGUCCUGCCUGCGCAACCACUGGGAUCAAUGUCUUAUUUAUGUAGAAAAUGUGGAAAUCUUUACAUUCCCGGAGCCGGCCCCUACCCAGCCCUGCCCUGGCCAGAGUACCCCCAGGACAGAGCUGGUCUCUAUACUGGGGGCCUCAGACCUGGGAUAGGCAGGCAGGACCCUACACUCCAGUCUGCCAGCUUUUGUCGCCGAGGCUUGGCCCCUCAUCCACAGAGGGACCCCACACAGACCUACUCAUUAGCAUGUGGAGCGCAGUGGUUCUGUCCAUCCCCUCUGUCCGUGGUCAGCCUCCCUGCUACUCUCCUCGCCUCAGCCAAGACUCCGUUUUGCACCUUGGCAAGCUUUGCAGGAGGAUUGGGGUCUGCUGCCCCCACCGCAUUGAGCCAGGGGUCCCAAGUGGGAGGUUCUGCUUAGUAGUGACUCCCGGGGCAAGCCUACUCCUCACUACUGUGGGACCCAGUAUCCCUUCUGGUGGCCCUCCUGCCCCCGCCCUAGGCUGGGGGCCCAGAGCAUGUGAGGUGUGUAUGUCCAGGUGUGGGGAGCGGGUUGUGUCUACAAGCCCUCAGCUGACCUUGCCUCUCAGGGAUGGGGCCCUGGGAGGCUGCUCCCUUCCCCCACGGCCAGGAUAUGUAUGUAUGUAUGUAUGUAUGUAUGUAUGUAUGUAUGUAUGUGUGUGUGUGCGUGCGCGCACGCGCUGUAUGUGCCCUAGACUCCCCUCUGACCCCAUCUAGGAAUUGAUUUCUCCAACCCGGCCCCUAUUGCUUCAUCUUCAGCAGACCCCUCUUCUGAGACCCCCCACCCUGGGUCUCCGAUUAGCCAGUGGGGAGGGGAGGGAUUAGGACCAGUAUGGAGCCUGGAGCAUCUGCUCUGCUUUCUGAGGUCUGGGAACUACCCUAGGCCUCCCAGGCUCACCCUGUUCUCUGGGCCUCUGCAUAAGGCCCUUGACCACACUCCAUAAGCUCUGCCCUCCCAGCCCCCAGACCCCCUGAUGUCGUGAAUUGAGUGGCCACGUGAUUGGUGAUUGUGUUGGUGAUUGAUUCUGACAUGCUGGUGCUGUGUCCCUCAACCUGGGCCCCCUCAGUGGAGGCCCUCCCCAGUGACACUACCUGGGGCUCUGGCCUGGGCCCCUUGUUCACGGUUGUUCCUGGGAGCUGCCCCCUCCCGUCACAUCUGUACCUUGGAAGCUGCUGCUUUACAGAAUUAUAUUUUUUUCUUUUGAAAAGUUUUAAAAGUUGUAACUUUUGUGUCUUGUCAUGUAAGAAGAUAAAUAAAUAUUCUAAGUAGAUGC